GGAGUAUCUCUGUUCAUAAUAUGGGGGUGAAAGGGGUAAUAAUGCUACCACCUCUGCAAGCAACAGCUUAACAGCUAGCCCUCCUGGGUUGGAUGGUCACACAAUGAAUAAGUCAGGGGAUGCAGGUAUUUCAGGUUUGGUAUCAAGUGUUGUAACCGAACACAGUUCACAGAUUGUGGGUACUGAAUUCCCACCUGUAGAAAAUGCAGGUGCAGCAGUUCCAUCAACUGGCUCCUUAGCUGGACAAAGAACCAAUGGUGAUUCCUCAGCUGCCAGCAUUACCUCCUUAGGACCAGUCUUGAGGAACCUGUCGACCCCAACAUUGGCACCAGCUUCCACUCAGGCAUAUAAACAAACAUGGUCUAUUUAUAGAAAUUUUGUGAAAAAAUUUAAUAGCAGUAAUUAUCUUCCAUUGUGUCAGGAUACUUUGGCUUUGUUUAUCUCUUAUUUAUUUGCUGAAGGUCAGGCAGCCUCCUCUGUUGUGUCAUUUAUUUUAUCAAUAGUAUGUAUACAUAGAAUUAAUAACUUGCCUGAUAAUACGUCAUGCUUCCUUGUUCAAAAACUAUUAAGUUCUUGUCGCAAAACAAGACCUUCAAUGGAUAUUCGUUUACCAAUAACCAUAGUAGUUCUACAUAAAAUUUGUGAUGCACUAGAACAUACAGUAUCAAACAUGUAUAAAAAAGUAUUAUUUCAAGCAAUGUUUUUAUUGGCUUUCCAUGGCUUCCUCAGAAUAGGAGAAAUAACAUCAGUUUGCACUGCUAAUCAUGUCUUACAAAUGUCACAAGUAAGGUUUUGAUUCACUUUCAAAAUUAUAAACAUUCAGGCGGUCAAGUUUUUACC